CUUGUCAUCUAUUUAGUUCAACAAUGUUCAACAGAAGUAAUAUAGAGCAGCCAAUGUGGGUGGGGCUGCUUCAACAGGGUCACGGGAUUGCAAGGAUCUUCUCAUGUCUCGAGGAAUUGACCUCGCAGUUUAGGAUUUGCAUGAAUCAGUCGCCGGGUUUGAGGAGCAGUGAGGUAGACACUCAUGUUGCUGCCAUGAUGGGUGUUCCAAGUUAGCUAACAGCUAACUGCUGCCGGCUCCGCCGUUGGCUCGAAAAGUAGUGCGCAAUACCGACGAAUACAGAACGCCCUGCAUACGACCAGGAAGGGCCUGCAGAGCGAACAGGGACUUUUCCAGGGUAUUUUCCUAGAUCUUCGAGCAGUAUACAUUUCAUGGCCCUAAUUGACUACUAUAUGCUUGGAGAUCUGCCACUGCAAAGGACUUCGGUGAAUGAGGAGCUAGAGCACUCACGCGGAUCAGGUUCCACUUCGCCACCAUCUCCAGGUCCGCCAAUGUGCUCUGAGGCCAGUUUGGCAUCUAUGUCUACCCAGAGCUCCAGCAGCCAAGUACGGCAGAACGUGGUCAAGCCGCGGCUGAGCAAGAAGGUGACAAAGUCACCAAGCAUCAUAGUGCCAAAGGACACUUCUGCGGCGCGAGGCCCAUUGCAGUACUUCUAUAGGUUACUUCAAUGGGGUACGGGCAUUUGCUCGCUGGCGCAGCCAGCGCCGCCCAAAGCAGUGCGGAAAGCCAGCAGCAAUGGCAGCACUGCUAGCAGCACUGGAGCAAGCCCAUUGCCUAGUCCCACCAGGCCGCUGACUGCAGCGGAACCUCUGGAUGAUCUUCGCAAGCGUCCAUACGCCAAUCGUUUUAUUCAGUUUAGCCUGGAAAUGGACUCGGAAGUUUCUCCGGCCAGCCGAGCGUGGCUGGCACCAUCUCAGCGGCGCGUUCAGCGCUUGAAGGAUUCGAAGGCGGAAGUUCGCAAAGCCUGAGCAGCUCAAUCAUCUUAGGCCUUCAAGGCUUAAUGACUUUGCUCCCUGCAGAAUUUCGCAGAGCCUGACCACUUUGGCCAUCUUAGGCCUUCAGGGCUUCGUGGCUGUCAAAAGGAAUGGCGUGGCACAGCGGCGUUUGUGGAAUGGGAUUGGCGUUUGCACUUUUUCCCA